AUGUCCUCGCAACAGUCGCCAGCUAUUCCAUCCCUCGGUAAUACUUUCGGAGCUCUGUUUGUUGGAGCUACCAUAGCAGCCAUUUUAUUUGGAAUAACAAAUCUGCAAACGCUCAUUUACUACAAGAGAUACCCCAAUGACUGGUCUCUCUACCGAUAUUCUGUCACAUUACUUUGGGUACUUGAUGCUGUUCACCUCACAUUAAGCACGCAUGCUCUCUAUUUCUAUCUGAUUGAUAUGUAUGGAAACUUGCUCGGUGCCCUAAUAGGAAAUGUCAUCUGGAGUAUGAGGUUUGAACUUCCAGUUGCAAUUAGUCCUAAAGGUGUGGAUUGUCAUGCUAUACGCUAUCUGACUGUGGAAACAUGCAUUUCUUCCCAGUGGUCAUCACUAGUCAUGGCAAAGCUUAGUAUAUUCUUAGUUGGACAGCAUUUUCACAAAAUCCUGCCUUGGUUUGUGCUUCUGGCUGUUUCAGCCUCAGUAGGUAAUAGCUCGUUCUCGCUUCACCUAUUUUCCUUAAUUAUGCCCCCAUUUCCUUUAGGUGCUGGAAUAUUUGGAUCAUAUGACAUUUAUCGUCCACCGAAUUUGGUGUCGAUCUCCACAAUCAAUAUGUCUAUUUACACAUUCUAUUCCAUUAUCAUCACAGCAGAUAUCAUCAUAGCUGUCAUGAUGUGCUAUUACCUGCAUAAGAGCAGAGCGGCUAUGCAUUUCUCUUCCAUGGCCGACCUACUUCUCAUUCUAAUGCAACUUGUUCUAGUCUCGGGUGUAGCUACAAGGUGA